UGAAAUCCUCUGGUGUAACUAAAAAGAACGAUCCAUACAUGUAUAUUUAUGCACUCGUGUCGACCUAGGAGCCAUUACGAGGCGGGAAAAAGGCAAAUCGGGCGGGAAUGUUACGAUACGUAAACGUACGAGAGAGACUGUACUAUCGCGAAUGAUCGCAGAUGACGAUACGUUUGAUCUUGCGAAAGGUGAUAAUUGCCCGAUGUGAAUCGUGAUCAUCGUCGGGCUCACUGAUUCCGUAACAUCGGGGAGGUCGUGUCUCGCGAUAUCGGUUGGUGAUUGUCGAUCAUCUGAUCCCUAAACACAGCAGACUCGUAUGAGAAUUCGCGUAAUAUACAUGUACAUUCCACCGAGUGAAUGCACUCAAUAAUAUUUUAUCGUGGAUCAAUUAAUUGCAGCAACUUGCGUGUAAAUCUACAAACUACGACGUUUCAUCGAUAAAAUUAUCCACGAAAAUCAUGGCACCCACUGUUCCAAAUGAACCAAGUUGCAGUAACAAGAAUAAUAAGAGGAUAACACGCAAUAGAAAAUAUGCUGACAUGGAGGAUCAUGCUAUAGCAAGUAAUUCGAAGGCUGAUAAGACUCCAUCAGUCUUAGAGCUGUUUUCUAGACAUAUGACAAAAAAGAAGAAAAUAAGUGCUGAAAAUGUUAAUGACACAAAAGUGCCAGAUUUACAAUAUGAAGUAAAAUACAAUGGAGGGUUGAAUAUGAAUAAUAAGGUAGAAUUUGAUAAGGAAAAUUACAAUCCACAAGUCAAUCAAGAUCAAACAGAGGAGCAGUUAGAGAAAAGGAUAAAAAUAACAAAGGAUAAAAAUCACGAUGAGAUGCAAUCAAUACUUGAAGUUAAAGUGGAUACUUCAUUAAUAGCCAAUCGAUGUGAAUAUUGUAAACAGAAAAUUGACUUAAACUUGAAGUUAUAUCAAGGACACCCAAAUGGUGCAGUAGAAGAACAAAUAGCUUUAACAGAUCCUAAGCUCUGUUUAUUUACAGGAGAUGAAUCUUUUAUACAUGAAAGUGAUGAAAGACCACAAAAUAAAUUAACUUAUUUUAGUGUUUAUGAUAAGAAUGGGCAUCUGUGUCCUUUUGAUACAGGACUCAUUGAAAAAAAUGUAAUGUUAUAUUUUUCUGGAUAUAUGAAAGCUAUUUAUGAGGAGGAUCCAUCGCCCGAAGGAGGUGUACCAACAAAAGAUAUGGGGCCAAUAAAUGAGUGGUAUGUUUCUGGGUUUGAUGGAGGCGAAUUAGCACUAAUAGGUUUUAACACUGCAUUUGCGGAAUAUAUUUUAAUGGAACCGUCUGAAGCUUAUGCACCGUUUAUGACCGCUGUUAGAGAGAAGAUAUAUAUGAGUAAAUUGGUCAUCGAAUUUUUGUUAGACGAGAUUACUCCGAGCUAUGAAGACUUGUUGAAUAAACUGCAGACAUCAGUACCUCCUAAGGGUAUGACAAAGUUUACAGAAGAUUCCCUGUUGCGUCACGCGCAGUUCAUCUGUGAUCAAGUACUAUCAUUUGAUGAUUCUGCCGAGAUUGAAGACGCUCUUCUUAUCAUCAGUCCGUGUAUGCGAUCUCUUGCGAAUUAUGGUGGUGUGACAUUGGGCAAAAGAACAGCCGUACGUCGGGCACCUCCUAAUAAGCAGAAAGUUAAACAGCCUGCUUGGACGAAGGCUACCACGACGAAAUUAGUUAGCAACAUGUUUGAAAACUUUUUUACUGAUCAGCUUGCUAAACAUGAUGAUGACGAUAAAAUAAAAAUGGGUCCCAAAAGGCAACGUUGUGGUAUUUGUGAAAACUGUCAGCAACCCGAUUGUGGUGCUUGUGUAUCUUGCAAAGAUAUGAUUAAGUUUGGAGGAACUGGAAGAAGCAAGCAAGCAUGUGUUAGAAGGAGAUGCCCCAACAUGGCAAUUCAAGAAGCAGACGAUUCUGACCUAGAGAAUGAAGAAGAUGAUGGUCUGGAAAACGAUGAAAAGAUAGAAGAAAAACCGAAGAAGGACUUUAAGGAACUUAAAAAAGAUAUAGUAUGGAUGGGGGAUGAUAAAAUUAUUGAGGGACGAAGAACAUUUUACAAGUCGGUUAUGGUUGGAAAUGAAAAGAUUGAAUUAAACGAUUACGUCCUAGUGGAACCAAGAAAUUCAGCUAUUCCUUUGCACAUCGCUAAAGUCAUGUAUAUGUGGGAAAAUAAGAUUGGAAUAAAGCAGUUUCAUGCAAAUUGGGUUCGCAGAGGUACCGAUACCAUUCUUGGUGAAACUGCAGAUCCUAUGGAAGUAUUCUUAAGUGACGAUUGUGAAGACGUACCUUUUAAAUCGGUUAAUUCGAAGGCAACAGUACUUCAUAAGAAAACACCUGAAGAUUGGUCUAAAUUAGGUAACAUGGACAUAAACGAUACUAUAAAGGAUACAGAUGGGAAGACAUUUUUUUAUAAAAUGAGAUAUACUUCUGAAACUGCUCGGUUUGAAGAUCCAUUGCCGGAUCCGGAAUGUUUGCGAAAAGAGAACAGUCAUCGAUUUUGCCCAGCUUGUGCCCAUCUGAGAACAUUAGAACAGUACAACAGGCCGAGGGUAUGUGAGAGAUUAGAAGAGAAAAGUAGUAGGGAAGUGACUUAUGGCAUAGUGAAAUACAAAGGUGAAGAGUAUAGAGUCGGUAGUGCUGUGUUUUUACGGCCGAGCGCCUUUAAAUUUAAAUACAUAUGGACAUAUCAAGAAAUUCCAUUGCCAAAGAAGGAGAACGUAGACGAGGAUAUAUAUUCGGAAUUUUAUAGAAAAUCUUCAGAUCAUUUACGGAUCAAAGGUUCCAAUUUAUUGACGCCUGAACCUUUUCAUAUCGGUUACAUAAAUGCGAUAUAUGCUACUACGAACAACAUGUUGGUUUCACCAUCGGAUAUCUAUAUCAAGGUGAACAGAAUGUAUAGACCGGAAAAUACUCAUCGCGAUUCAACGUUAAUGGAGCAGGCGGACCUUAACAUGGUCUAUUGGAGUGAUGAGGUGUUCAACGUGAGAUUCACCGAAGUUGCUGGAAAGUGUUACCUGGCGUAUUCUGAAAAUUUGAGUGAAUCCGUCGAGGAGUGGUCCGCGAGCGGUCCAUACAGGUUUUAUUUCACGGAGUCUUAUAAUGCUAAAGAAAAAACUUUCGAUGAACCACCAUACAGCAUUAUCAAUAUGGGCAAACCCGGAAAAGGAAAGGGGAAAGGUAAACUAAAAACGAAGACUGUGGAGGAGACGGAAAAUAAACCGGUUAUUGAUAAACCAGCAAAUUACUCUACUAUAACGAGAAGACUGAGAACAUUGGAUAUUUUUGCUGGUUGCGGAGGGUUAUCCGAUGGACUGCAUGAAGCUGGAGUAGCCGAAACUUUAUGGGCUAUCGAAAAAGAAGAAACAGCAGCGUAUGCGUUUCGUUUGAAUUAUCCUAACGCUACGGUCUUUUCGACUGAUUGCAACACGUUAUUGCGAAAAGUGAUGAAGGGCGAUCGUAUAGAUGAAAAUGGGCAAAAAUAUCCGCAAAAAGGCGAAGUCGAGCUUUUGUGCGGCGGACCACCAUGUCAAGGUUUCAGCGGCAUGAAUCGUUUCAAUUUGCGCCAAUACUCUUUAUUUAAAAACUCACUUGUUGUUUCGUGCUUAUCCUACCUUGAUUACUAUAGACCGAAGUUCUUUGUCAUGGAGAAUGUACGAAAUUUUGUAACUUUCAAAAGAAGUAUGGUGUUGAAACUGACUUUGUGCUGUCUCGUGCGGAUGGGAUAUCAGUGUACAUUCGGUAUUCUUCAAGCUGGCAAUUAUGGCGUGCCACAGACGAGAAGAAGAUUGAUAAUCUUAGCUGCUGCGCCCGGUGAGACGCUCCCAUGUUAUCCAGAACCAACGAACGUCUUCACCAGACGAUGUUGCCGACUAAGUGUAGUAGUGGACAACAGAAAGUACUCUUCUAACUGCGCCUGGAAAGAGUCCGCGCCGUUCCGAACGAUUAGCGUGAGAGACGCUAUGUCCGAUUUACCGCCCAUCAAGAAUGGCUGGAAUAAAGAAGAAAUGCCUUAUGGUAAUGAACCAAUGUCUCAUUUUCAGAGAAAGGUGAGAGGUAAACAGUACCAGCCGAUGUUGAGAGAUCACAUAUGUAAAGAAAUGGCUCCGAUCAUAGAGGCGCGAAUAGCUCAUAUUCCGACCGCAAGUGGCUCCGAUUGGCGCGAUUUGCCGAACAUUGUUUUGCAAUUAAGUGAUAAUACCUUCGCCAACAAACUAGAAUACACGUACCAUGAUAAGAGAGCCGGGGAAAGCUCGAUAAGCGCUCUUCGCGGAGUAUGCAGUUGCUGUACUGGUCGACCGUGCGAUCCUACUGAUAAGCAAUUUAACACUUUGAUACCGUGGUGUCUACCACAUACCGGAAACCGACACAAUCACUGGUCUGGCUUAUAUGGCAGACUUGAAUGGGAUGGAUUUUUCAGUACAACUGUCACUAAUCCCGAACCGAUGGGCAAACAGGGCCGCGUUUUACAUCCAGUGCAAACGCGAGUGGUAAGCGUGAGGGAGUGCGCGAGAUCGCAAGGAUUCCGGGACAUGUUUCGUUUUUACGGCACAGUGCACGACAAACAUCGGCAAGUCGGCAACGCGGUGCCGCCGCCUCUAGGAACUGCAAUCGGACAUGAGAUCAGAAAGUGCAUUCGAAAUGAGACAUUGAUGUCGUUGGGGGCGAACUCGGAAUUUGCUGACGAUGAUAUUGCUAAAGCAGCGAAAGCGAAAGUUACGUUGAAAACAGAAAUUCCCGUCGAAGCGAACAUUCGUAAGAGUUUGACGAACAGCGUACCUGAUAACGAAGCGAGCACCAGUUCUGUCAAACACGAAAUCGUAGCCUCCAGUAGCUCUGCGUAGACGAGAAACUGAAGAAGAAAACGAUUGGGAUUGGUCAUCGUGAGAAACCGUGUAAUGUGGUUUUCUGUUUGUAAUUCUAGUAAUUCUAUAUCUACUUAUUCUACUUACGAAAAAUAAUUAUAUAUAUAUAAUUGUAGUACUCAGUAUUAUAAACGACUUUAAUAUCUGAUUUCAUAUAUAUCCGACGCGAUCGAUGAUUAUACUUCUAAGAUUUUUAUUAAUCCAAGAUUAGAUUUAAAAUGGUCGGAAAUUUUACAUGUAAAAAUGUUGAAAUAGAUUUAUAAAUGGCACGUUGUAAUUGCGUAGAUGGUUAGGUUAUUUUCAUUGAAUGUUAUAUAUUACAAAUAUAUACAAGACGAUAGUAGCUUCACACAAACGAAGGAAAAUGCUGUCGAGUUUUCUUAGAAAAGUUUUUAGAAAAUAUUUAAAAGCGCCUGUAGGCACACAUGCACGCACACACACGCAUGCGUAUAUAUCGUUUUAUCGUAAACGACAUUCUGAUUAAUGUUAGGAAAAAUAAAUGAUUGUCAAGGCAGACCAAAUAGUGAUCAAGAAUUUUUAAUACUCAAUCAAUAAUUUUGUUCACUUGGAACUAUCAAGGUACACUAUUAUUUGUCAAAAUAAACUAUCCAAUCCAAUAAGAAAAUAGAUUAUAAAGAUAAUUCUUAUCUAAAUAGUCCCUGGAUAAGAGCAAAAUUAAAAAUUGUUGACUACCAUUUGAGUUUUUGGCGGAUGUACAUUUGGAUAAAUGUACAUUCGAAAAUAAGACUAGCAAUAUUCUCUUUUGGUUAUAAGUUUCGGAACGCAUUUUCUGUCCAAUAAGAAAAUAUCUCCUGAGAAUCAUUAGAAGUCCCAUUCUGUCAUUGGAUACUGCGCACGUUUCGAAAUUCAUCGAAGAGAAAGUUCAAUUCAAUUCAAUAGAUGGCUCUGGGCGAGUUGGAUACUGCUCCAACGCCACUCUCCGAUUUAAAUUCGACGAAAUAUUGCCAAGAUUGAUCACAGUGCUGUUUGGUUUCCUCUAGAAAUCUUGCAAUUUUCGCAAAGCUUGAGAUAAAUUUGUUGUUAAAUGCUGAGUUUACAAUUUCAUCACUGUUAGUAAUGUCCCCUUUGUGGUAAAGUUUAAGUAGCAAUCGGUCCGAUUUCUCUGCGAAUA